AGCGCUAACCUUGCAUCUCGUACAACGGUAGAACCAGUGUAUGCAUUUGUAUCCCAUUGGAAACAUUGAUAUUGUAUCACAUUAAUCUUCUACAGAGAAAUAUGUCACAUGAAGGAACGUAAUAAGGAAACAAAUCCCACGGUAAAAUAUCUAUUGUCAAUCUUUUCAAUUACACACUGGAUCCAGAGUAAAAGGAACACAGUUCGGCGGAAAGAUGGCGGAGAGUUCGGGAGAUUCGGAGCGGGAAGGAAAGGCGAUUCGAGUUGGCAUCUUAACAGUGAGUGACAGCUGUUUCUCAGGCCAGGUGGAGGAUAAGAGUGGACAAAACUUGAAAUCCCUGAUAGAGGAGAAGAAAUUAAUUAAUGGAGAAGUUUGUGUGAAGGAAAUUGUACCAGAUGAAGUUCAAAGGAUAAAGGAUCUCCUCAUAGACUGGACAGACAACCUCAAGCUGGACCUGAUCCUGUCCACAGGGGGAACUGGCUUCACUGCACGUGAUGUCACGCCAGAGGCUACUAAGGCAGUGCUGGACAGAGAUGCUCUGGGAAUCACCGUGGCCAUGUUAACCGGCUCUCUCAACAUCACACCAUUGGCGAUGCUGUCAAGGUUGACCUGUGGCAUCAGGAAGAGUACUCUCAUCAUCAACCUGCCUGGCAGCACCAAAGGGUCAGAGGAAUGUUUCCGGUUUGCUGCAGUGGGUGUAUCCCAUGCUGUAGACCAGCUGCAGGGAUCGCGAGAGAGUGUGAGGUCAACACAUGCAGACCUUCAGGAGGAGGGCAUCCGCUCCACCGAACCAGGACAGAUUCAGCACACCUCGGAUGAAAGUAUGGACAAUUCAGUUGAGAGUCUUAACCAGGCACCAGAUAUUUCGGAUCCUGUCAUGGAUGCUGAAUUUCCUGGAACGGUUUCAUUUGAUGCCCUCGACACGCAUCCAUUGUCCAACUCCACUCCAAUCAUACCGGACUCCAACAUAGCAGCACCAAUGUCUCCUGGUUCUAACUGUCAAACACAAAACAUCACUGAAGUACCCCAUCAUUCCGAGACACUGAAUAAGGGAAAUAACUCCCAACCAGAAGAGUUCACCCAGCUUUGUUUUCAAACUGAUCAGCCCAACUCGAACCUUACUGAGGAACCGCUGACAAUCAUUGCUAUGGUGCCCAAUCAGAGUCACAUCACUCAGCAGUCGUUUGACAAACAGACCAAAGACAUCACUGAGCUGUUUCAGCUCCAAGGCAGCUUUGUUGAUUCCAGUGAAGCAGUUCUUGCUUGUAAAACACCAGAGUUGCGACCUGAGAUCCAGUGUUCUGAUGUACCUGAGAUGUUAACAAUGCCUGAGUUGAGGACUCAGCCAGAAAACAGGCUGGACAGACAUGGUGUUGGGAUUUGUGAUACACAUGGGGAUGUGUAUGAGUUUAAUGAAGAGGCUGAUCGCGUUCGACCAGCUGCAGGCAAUGUUCAGUCAAACACGUCUAAUUCAGAGGAGCCGAUCCUUCGUGCCAAGCUUCACAAGAGUGCAGAUGAUGGGGAGGUAACUCAUGUGGAAGUGGGGUCUGCAGUAAAAACCUUUUUACGAACUCAUCCAGCAAUCCGAGGCAUAUACUUGAACAAAGGCAAGCGUGAUGUGAAACGCAACCUGGUGCAGAUGAGGAGAGAGACAUUGGCAGUGGAUGUGGGAAGCUGGCAGCGAGGAACUCACAUACAUGACAGAAAUCGCCUUGACGACCACUUCGAUCUAACAGAGGCAGGGGUGGAGAAGAAGAAGAGAGUGGAGAAGCGUCUGUCCCGGGAUGAGUACGUGGUCAACUGGUACAUGUGGUGCCCCGGACACGGCAACUGUCGCCGCAACUGUGGCGGAUAUGGCAAGUGUGUUAAUGGCUGUAAAGGAAAGACCCACAAGCAGGACCGCCAUAACUGCCGGCUGCUUGUAAACCUGAAGAUGUUCCUCAGUGAUACCGCCAAAUGGCGGGUUCACAUCAGCGGCAGUCACGUCCCACUUGAGUACAACAUCUUAUGGGAACCGCCUAAACAGAACCAGCAGCGAAUCAACGAAGACACGCGGGAUGUCAUCCUGGCAACUGUAGCCACGAAGAAGACGAGUUCCUCCCAAAUACAGGAAGUGCUGUCAAAGAAACCUGCAGCCGUCGACUUGCCUGUAGUCCCGUCAAAGAGAAAGAUUUGCCGCUUUGUGUCCAGUAUGAAGAAGCGACGGAAAAAAGAGGAAUUACAACUGUCGUGAUAACAGUUUAGAUGGUUUUGAAUCUGUUAAAGAUGAUGGUGAAGAUGGGUCUGAUGGGGAAGGGGCUGAGGGUGGUGACAUUGAGGGAGGAGAGAUUGAAGGGGAUCAAGAUUCGGAGGAAGUGAUCAAUGUUGAUGAAGAUGAUGAAGAAAAGGAUAAUGUAACGACUAGUUCCAUGCCAUGUGUUCCGACAUUCAAAGGAUUCCAAGCAGUGUCGGAUGCUGUGGGCUUGGAUGAGUCCAACAUAGUUCCCUCAGUGACAUGUUUCAAAAUGACGGACCCAGCUGGUAAUGUUUACUUUUCCUACACUAGAAAUGUGCCAGCCAAUGAGAACACAUCGUCUGCAAUAUUGACCAAUCAGAGUGUUUCAGGUAACCCAUCUGUAGCCCACAAUGACAUGGUGCUACAGAUAUCCUCAGGUGGUGCACAGACUGGGUUUUUAUACACUCCCACGGGAGAAGGGGUGGACAUGUCAGGGCCAGACCAGAGCAGCUCCGACCAAGAUGUGGCAGGCUGUAGUGAUCUUGGAGCAUUGUUUCUGGCAACAUUCAAACCUCAAUAAGUAGGCCAGACUGACACAUUUUGGUGGAGUGUCUGAAAUUAAGAGUAAAUGUUCAGGAGUCCUUAUUAAUCCGGGGAGUCCUUAUUACUAAGGAUUACAGUUUAACAGAGUCCUUUGAUCAAAAUGCUGUUGCAUCAAACCAGAUUGAAACGGAGACUCCUGAUAGAUUCCAACAGUUUGGGUAUGGCCAUAGUGUUGAGGACCAGGAGGUUCUGUUUAAGGAAGCUGCAUUGUGUUUUUCUGUUAUUUUAGUUUAUGAUUGGUUGUUGUUUAAUGCUGCACUCAGCAAUAUUCCUGUUUAUGAGCUGCAAUACCCAAAGACCCUUCAUAAUUUCCAAACCCAUCGAAUUUGAAGAUCCGGGUUAGAAUUGAUCUUCAGCAAACCAAGCGAAUGAUGGGAUCGAGUGGUACAGGCUCUUUGACUUGGUUGACACAUGCCAUCACAUCACA